AUCUUUUAAAACCAAAGUUGAUACGGUAGAAAUAGACUCAAAACAAACCCAAUUCCAUAUUCCAAGUCAAUUGCAACCGGCAUACCGAAUCUGCAAUCUCUUAAUCUCUCCCGAUACCUUAUAAUCGCAAUAUCAGAUCUCAUUGCUGCAUAUCGGCACUUACUUGCAUUUUGAGUCUUUAAUCAUGGCCACCCAACACCCCCAACCCCCUAAACACACCGCCUACGAAACCCCCUCCAACCCCAUAUCCAAAACCCCCCCGGAGCGCGCCACCGCCCUCUCCCACUCCCACCACCCCCCACCACACCUCGGCGACCAGCGCAUCCCCCGCGCGCAAUCCAAUCCAGACGCCGCGCACCCCACCCCGCUGGCAUGCGGCAUCCGCGGCGCGGGCCCGGGCGAAGAAGCGCAGGGGAAGACAGAGGAGGACGUGGGGAGACAUCGGGAGCUGGACGGGGAGCAGAUGGCGGUGGAGGGGGAGGGGAAGGUGGCGGAGGCGGUGGAGGUGGGAGAGAAGGAGGGGGCCGGGGGGGAGGGGCCGGAGGUGGGGGGGGAUUUAGAGAGGAAGAGGGCGGAACAGGCGGUGUUAAGGCGGAAGAGGAGGGAGGAGAGGGAACAUGUGGAUGUUGGGGGGGUGCUAGGGCAGAGAGGAGGGCCGGCGAGUACGGUUGAUUGA